AUGGAUCUCUCUGUUUUGCCAAAUAACAACCAUCCUGACAAAUUCCUGCGGCUCGAUGUGAAGUCUUUCAUGAGGAACUCAGCUCUUCUUCAGGCCAGCCUGGUGAGGUUUCCAGGUGGGAAUCACCCUGCCGCCCAGCACUGGCAAAACCUCGUGUACUCACAGAGAGAGAAGAAGACUAUCACUGCUCAGCGAAUGAGAGGACCCAGUGCACAGCGUGCUGUUGCUACGGAUCAUCCCCCACCAUCCCUGUCCUCUGUUCUGAAGAAUAACCCACUGUACGGUGACAUAAGUUUGGAGGAAGCUAUGGAAGAAAGAAAAAAGAACCCCUCGUGGACCGUUGAAGAAUAUGACAGGCAUUCCCUGCACACAAAUCUUUCUGGACACCUGAAGGAAAAUCCUAAUGACCUACGGUUUUGGUUGGGAGACAUGUACACGCCCGGUUUUGAUACCUUACUGAAAAAGGAAGAGGAACAAGAAAAGCAUUCAAAAUAUUGUCGUAUAGGUCUGAUUUUGCUCCUUGUUGCCUGCAUCUUGGUUUUCAUAGUGACCGUUUGCAUGUUUUUCACCUAA